AGCGCUGCUUGCCUUGCCCUGAGCCGUGUGUCGCCUUGCAGGGGCCUGGAGCCAUGGCUGAGCACAUGAUGAUGUCCAUGAGCCACGGUGGUACCGGGCUGCAGAGCUACCGCAUGGGGGUGAGCGGGCUGCAGGGACCCCCGCAGCACGGGCAGCAUGUGCUGAGGACACUGCCUACUGCCGGCCAGAUGAUGCCCUAUGGAGGGGCUGGCAUGGAUGGCACGAUGAGGCCAAGACCCAACCUCAGUGGACAGAUGGGUCACCACCAGAUGCAGAACGCGAUGAUGUUCAAUGGCCCAAGUCAGCAGCAGCAGUACAUGGGGCCGGUGGGCACCCAGCAGCUCAUGGCCAGCAUGCAUCUACAAAAACUCAACACCCAGUACCAGGGCCACCCGCUGGGUAUGAGCAAUGGGCCCAUGGGAGCCAGUGCCCAGCAAUACAGAGUGGGGCCGAGCCAGCACCCGGGCAUGCAGCAUAUGCCCUCGCCAGCGCUGACCUUGAACGUUAUGGACACAGAUCUCAUAGAUGAGGAAGUCUUGACAUCCCUUGUUCUGGAACUGGGGUUGGACCGGAUUCAGGAGUUGCCAGAGCUCUUCUUGGGACAGAAUGAGUUUGACUUCAUUUCAGACUUUGUUAGCAAACAGCAGCCCAGUGCCAUCAGCUGUUGAGGUGCUUUGGGCUCCUCCUUGUGUCUCGGUGGUUUUGAGUUUGUUUUAACUUCCUUCUCCAUCUGCCGUCCUCCCUUCCCCUGUCUUGCCCUGUCCUGGAUUCCUGACCUUCCCCAAAGAGACAAUCAUCGGACACUGGCUUGCACUGGAUUGCUUUUCUUCUGUGUGUUUUUUGUUUUGGGGGGUUGCUG